AUUGUAUCUCAAUUCUGAAAUUUCUUCAAUAUCGAUUUCCCAAAAUUCCGAUCAAAAGAUUUCAUCUCAUAAUUCUUGAAUCACCUUCUUCUUCCUUGUCUUUCUUGAUCUCAAAAUGCUUGAAUCGAAUUAUACUUCACAAAAUCCAAUUGCUGAUCCAAAUUCUAUAUACUACAUUCACCCAAAUGAAAACCCUACUGUUUCUUUGGUUUCAGAGAAAUUCAAUGGUGAUAAUUACGCUGAUUGGAAGAGAGCUAUGGUUUUAGCUUUGUCAAUGAAGAACAAAAUUGCUUUUAUUGAUGGAAGCAUGAUUAAGCCUGAACCCAAUGAUCCUCUCUUCAAAGGUUGGGAAAGAUGCAACAACAUGAUAAUUUCAUAUCUACUCAGAUCUGUGGACAAUACUAUAGCAAAGAGCGUUUUAUAUUUCUCCACUGCUUACGAGAUCUGGAAAGAUCUUGAAGAUCGAUAUUCAGUAAUAUCAGGACCACAACUAUUUUCUUUACAACAAAAUUUAAGCAAGAUUAAUCAAGACGAUAGUCCUAUUGCAGUAUUUUUUACAAAAAUCAAAGGUAUUUGGGACCAAAUCAGUGCGGCAAACCCUACUCCAAUCUGCACAUGCAAUGGCUGUUCAUGCAAUUUCUUAAAGAAAUUUAUCAAAAAUCAGCAAGAUGAAAGAUUAGUACAAUUUCUCAUGAAAUUGGACAACAAACACAAUGCUGUUAGAACAAAUAUUCUAAUGAUGAAUCCUCUUCCUAAUAUUUCUGUUGCCUACAACUUACUCAUACAAGAUGAGAGACAACAAGAAAUAGCAGAUGUGCUCAACAAACAUUCCACCAUGGCAUUCACUGCAAGUGAUGGAGUUAGAGGUGGGAUAAACAGACCUACAACCCUUAAGAAGAACAACCUGUACUGUGAGUAUUGCAAAAUGACAAACCAUACCAUACAUAAGUGUUACAAGCUAAAAGGUUAUCCCAAGAAUGAGAAGAACAACAAGGGAAUAAAAGGAAGAAGAGUGGCAGCCAUGACUUGUGAAGAAGAAUCAGAUGAUGAACCAGAUCCAGAAACUGAUUUAUGCAAACAAUUAGUAAACCUGAUUAAAGAAAGCAAAAAAUGCAAUGACAUUCAAGCCAUAGAAAAGGCCAACACAGCAGUGCAUGAUCCAGGAUCAUUCACAGAGAAGUACACUGGUUCUUGGUAAUCUGGAGUCCGGACUUUAUGCAGUUAAAAUUGAUGAUGGUAAAACAAGAAGCUCUGUCAACAUUGCUGCUACAGAAGAGCUGAAGUUGAUGCACUUAAGGAUGGGCCAUAUACCAUUCAAUAGGCUACAGCUUGUUAAUGAUAACUUAGCAAAUAGGAAUGGUCUUGACUGUAUUUGCCAAAUUUGCCCUAGAGCAAAACAAACUAGAAAUUCUUUUCCAAAAACAGGAAGUAGAAGCAAAAAUUGUUUUGAUUUGUUGCAUAUAGAUGUUUGGGGCCCUUACAAAAUUAGAACUCAUAAUGACUGUAAAUACUUCUUGACCAUUGUUGAUGACUUUUCAAGGCAUACAUGGACUUUCAUGAUGAAAAAUAAAAAUGAUUCUGUUGAUAUUCUUGAUUUUGUUAUUACAUUCAU